AGCUUUAGUUUCAAAGUAGCGAGGACCAAACGGUGUUGUAUCGAUAUUGUUCCACUUGUUCCCUCUUCGCUUGGUUUUCUCUUCCACGAGACGGUCACCUCCCCGUCAGCGUCUUCUGCUUCCUCGCAGGCCCACUUUCCACAAUGGGUUAUUCCUCGGUCCUGGACCCAUACGCGGGCCUCGUCCCGACGAUCAGCCUGUGGGAGGACGUGGUGCCGUAUGUGGUGUGGGGCCACGUCCUCGUCUUCGUGUGCCUGCUGGUGGUGGCCAGCGUGGGCAGGAGGCUGAGGCUGCGGAGGAAGUAUGUGGACAUCCUGGACAGGGUGUUUCAGUUCGUGGCGGCGAGGACGGAGGAGCCCGGCCUCGACCAGGAGGAUGAGGAGGACUUCGACGACGAAGGGGUGGUCAUCUGCCCGGAGUUCCCCCGCGCUGACCCCAGCCUCCAAGCGGGCACGUUCGGGCUGCAGGACUCGCUGCCGUACCUGACGGCGGGCAUGCGGGCCGUGGUGCAGGACUGCGUCAGCAAGAGCUUCACCUCCGCCGAACUGCGCACGUGGAACAUGCUGUCCAGGACGAAGCGGCAGCGGCGCCUGCGCAUGAGUCCCUCGAUGACGGCGUUCUGGGCGGCCGGCGUCGCCGCCGUGGGCCUCCUGCCCGACACCCGCUUCAAGAAGCGCGUCAACGCCUGGGUGGUCAGCUGGUGCUUCGACUUCGUGGCCGGCGCCAUCUCCGUCGUGGCCAGGUUCCACAACAAGGAGAACCGACCCAACUACGGCAUCGCUGUCGCCAACCACACGUCUCCCAUCGACUCCAUGGUCCUCGCCACCGACCAGUGCUACGACAUGGUAGGACAAAAAACUAGAGGAAUUCUCGGUGUGUUCAUGAAGGCGCUGUCUCGAUCCUCGACUCACAUCUGGUUCGAUCGAUGCAUCUCACAAGACCGGUCUACUGUCUCGUCUAAGUUACAGGCCCACGCCACAGACCACAACCUUCCUCCUAUCCUGAUCUAUCCCGAAGGAACCUGCGUCAAUAACACGGCUGUGAUGCAGUUCAAGAAGGGGGCCUUUGAGAUCGACAGCGUGAUCUACCCGAUCGCCAUCCGCUUCGACCCCCGCUACGGCGACCCCUUCUGGUACCAGGACACCUUCGGCCAGUACAUCCUGAGCAUGAUGACGUCAUGGGCCAUCGUGUGCGACGUGUGGUACCUUCCGCCCACUCGCAGGGGCCCCAGGGAGUCGGGGGCGGCCUUCGCGAGCAGAGUACAGCGCUUGAUCGCCCGCAAGGGAGGCUUCGUCCAGCUGGCUUGGGACGGCAUCUUGACCUUCCAGAACACGAAGAACAAAGCGUGGAGACGAAAACAAGAAGAAUGGAAACAAGCGCAACAGAGGGAAUAUGCGAGACAAUUGAGCACGAAUGAUACACCUAAGGUAAGGCAGUAUCUGGACCUUCGAUCACUUUUCCGAAAAAGCCACUGGAAGCUAAUUCGCACAGCUGUUUGUAGGCGUUUACAUCGGCCUUUUCGCAGUACAGGCCGUACAGUGGUGGAAAAUAAGAUUAGUUAUCAGGCAGAACUCACAGAACACAGACCAUAA